UGUGCGACGUGCUUAAAAAAAACAAACAAACAAACAAAAAACCCACAGAGAUUCGCCCCCUAGCAACGUUCAGAACAACCUUAGCGUGGCGGAGACUGCUUUUCAGAUUCACAAUAAACGCAAUCCAGCGAUUGUUUUUAAAUGGAAUCGCUAGAUAUAAAAUCUGAACAAAAGUCAAUGUUAUAAAUUGCAGUACCCGAGCCUGGUGCACAGGAACCGCUGUCUCGCGUACUGGUCUGCUGCAUACAGACAGACGUGCUGCGUUUACCUACUCGAUUUCAAAUUGCUAAGGAUGGCUGCUGGCUGCUUGAGGAGAGUGGUAUGCCAAGGGCUGAGAAAUGAAUCCAGGCUCCCAGGCUUUUUCUGUGUCCCCAGGCCCCUCAGCACAUUGUCGAUUCACACUUACAGGAAGGCAGCUGUUAACAAGCUGAGGCUUGUUUUACCUUGCCCGAAUGAAGGAUCUUGGGUUGUGCGUACAGGUACGCGCCCGCUCACCACAGAGGAUGAUGAUGAUGAGGGGGGACCAGAGGGUAAAAAGAAGAAGCAGGACCCCAGAGCCAGAAAGACAAUAGGAAGUGUGGGGAGGAAAAUCCACCACCGUAUAAUACAGGUGAUAAACGAAGAUGGAGAGAACUUGGGCAGCAUGCACAGAGCAGGCGUCCUCCGAAUGCUGGACGAGCGUGGGCUGAAGCUGGUGCCCCUGAGGGAGAAUGCAGAUCCGCCAGUAUACAGACUCAUGAGCGGGAAGCAGAUUCACCAGGAGCAGCUGAAACUCAGGGAGAAACAGAAGGAAAAAGCAGGGCCCACCCAAGUAAAAGAGCUGACGUUUUCUUCAGAUAUCGCUAAACAUGACCUAGAGACCAAAGUUAAACAAAUCCAGCAGUGGAUCGAGAAGCGGCACCACGUUCGUUUAACUGUGCGGAAGGGUUCUGCUUCAGUGGAGAAGAUGGAAGGAGUGUUGGAAGAGAUUGUUCAGAGCAUGCCUGACCUGGCUACAUUUGUGACAAAACCAAAGGCAAUCAAGGAUGGAAGAGCAGCCAUGGGUAUUCUCAGGCACUUGUCUGAAAAAGAACUGAACGAGUACAAAAAGCAGCUGAAACAGAAGGAGCAGGAAAGCAAAGGACCCCGACAGGAAGCCAGGGAUGUUGUGAACCCAGAAAACACACAAACCAAAGUUCUGCAUCAGUGAGGUUUAAUAAAACAAGAAGAAACUAAAAAUAAAGUGAUUUGCAUACAA